AGACACUUCCGUUGUACACAACUUCGCGUGUAGUGCAUCCUGACUCUUGAGAACAAAAUGAGCUGUCCAGUCCUUAACGGAGCCAUUGGAGCCGAGGAGAAUGGUGACGAGAAGAACAAUGUUGCCUUGCACCAGGAACUGGAGGGAGGGAAAUUGUAUGGAGAAUAUUUAAUGCUUGACAAGUUGUUGUCUUGCCAAGAGCCAUUGAGUGCAAAAGACCGAGUUAAGGCCGUCCAUGAUGAGCAUUUAUUUAUUGUCACACAUCAAGCUUAUGAGCUAUGGUUUAAGCAAAUAUUGUUUGAGCUGGACUCUGUGAGAGACAUAUUUAGUGCUCAAAAAGUCGAUGAAGGUCAUACGUUGGUGCUUAUCAGCAGACUCAACAGAGUCAUGCUCAUCUUGAAGUUGUUAACAGAACAGUUCCUGAUACUUGAGACCAUGACACCGCUGGACUUUAUGGAAUUCAGAGACUACCUGGCCCCAGCUUCUGGAUUCCAGAGUUUACAGUUCCGCCUUCUGGAGAAUAAACUGGGCUUGAAACAGGUGAACAGAGUGAAGUACAACCAGCAACACUACAAGGAAGUGUUCCAUGAGGAGCAGCACAUUAGAGAGCUGGAGGAAUCCACCUCCACUCCUUCACUGCUGGAACUGGUACAGAACUGGCUGGAGAGAACCCCCGGACUGGAACCAGAUGGAUUCAACUUCUGGGGCAAAUAUCGCAAUGCAGUGGCAAACUGGCUUGAGGAGAGCUUUUUGGAUCCUGCACAAAAAGAACAGGACCCUGCUGCAAAGGAGCUCAGAAAGGCCGAGUACAAGAAACAAAAGGAGACAUUUGAUUCUAUUUUUGAUGAAAAUAUAUACAAUGCAUAUGUUGCCAGAGGUGAGCGACGCCUGAGUCACCAGGCAUUUAAAGGCGCCAUGAUGAUUUCUCUUUAUCGAGAUGAGCCUCGCUUUCACCAGCCUUACCAAAUCAUCACGCUGCUUAUGGACAUAGAUGCACUGCUCACCAAGUGGCGAUACAACCAUGUAAUGCUGGUCCAGAGAAUGUUGGGAAGCAAAGUUGGAACUGGAGGAUCUUCAGGGUACCAAUACCUCAGAUCCACUGUGAGUGAUCGUUACAAAGUAUUUCUGGACCUGUUCAAUCUGUCUACCUUCCUCAUCCCGCGACGAUGCAUUCCUCCUCUGACACGUCACAUGAAGCGUGCGCUCUCAGGCUCCUUCACCGAGGACAUGAUCAGCAAGAUUAACAGGAUGCGUCUGUUUGCCAAAGAACGUUCAGCUCAGAUGGGGGCAAAUCAGGAAGCGGCUGAGGAAGACUCCGAAGAGAGUGAGGAAGAGAAGAAAGUGAAUGAUAAUGAUGAUGAUUUGGACAGGGUUACAUUUUAGAAUUUUCUGAUUCAAAGGCUUUAGGGUUAUGUAAAAAGGGAGAGGUGAAGUUACCGAACCUGGUCACAGUGAUCAUAUCGUUUACAGGAGUAAGUUUGUACCUGAAGACUCCUGCAGAUAGAAAAGAAUAACAACACAGUUUGAAUGUAUUUCUGAUGUUGUUUUAACAACAAUACUUCCAUAUAAAAAUGGAAUUAUUUUGAUGAUUUAUAAACCACUUGAAGUAGGAGUGAAAGUAUAUUAUGUUAUAUACUGCCAAUCUUUUCACUUGUGGUUGACUGAUUACAUGUCAGUUGACUAAUUUACACAUCAGCUUAUUGUAUUUUUGCACCAGUCACUUUUUUCACAUCUGCCACAGCACAAUGGAACCGCACAGGUAGAAUGCAAAUUUUACAUGCAUUUUGCGCACAAUAAGUGGCACACAUCCAUUCUUAUUGGCAGUACAUAGAGGAUGGUUUGGUCACAACUUCCCUAGCUCAGUAUUGACAUUCUAUAUAAAUUUGGUCAUUAUUUGUCAGAUUUUUUGUCUGUAUCGUGGGCAUUCUGAAGUUGUGGUGUCUCAAAUACUUCAAUGACAAGCUCACUUCUUUUGAGUGAAACUGUUUGGAUGCAGUCUUUUUAGCAUAAUUUACUUAUUGUAUUGUUUGACUUGCUUUUUUUGUGAAAAGUAUGAUACAUUUACUGUAAAGCACAAAAUGGGCACAAUAUACCUAAUGCAACAAUGUAAGUUUUUACAGGAAACAUUUACAGAUUUGCACACAAGCCAAUUGAGUAGAGUAUAUAAAUAUAUAUAAAUUUAUCUUAAUAUUUGGAAGCAAUCCCCGUCGAAUUGACUUCAAUACGGGGUGCUGCUUAACGUUUAUUGUAUGAUCCAUAAAGGGUAGGUGUUAUUCAAGAAACUAGAGAAAAGAUGGGAAACGGUAUGUAUAAAAAAUCGAUAUUGAACGUGAGAGCAGUGUAAACCAUCCUGGUUUUCAAGAAGCCACUUAGAACUGACGUGAAUUUGUCAACAUAUCUCAGGACACAAAAUAUAUGUCACAAAAGUCACCUUCUCAAAUGUGAUUUAGUGGUUAUUAUGCCAUAGUUGUUGAUUGAAAUUGUGUGGUAGUAAGCUUCUUAACUAUACACAACUCUAUAUUGUAAUCUCCUGUUGAUUGUUUUCUAAAGAAAAGCUGAAAAUCUGAAUUUUGCACCAUUGUCCCUCCACACCUGUCUUCACUUUGGCAAAGAUAAUUUUUGAAAAUUUGUACAAUUUCAUGCUUUUUGUAGUAUUGGUCAUAGCUUCAUUAGUUUUGUUUUAUUUGAAUGUUGUAAUAUUAUGUACAUAUCUAUUGUUUGACAUUAAAUCACUUGGCAGCUUUGGUUUUUACAGAUCAGGCCUGUUCAGACCCGAAGCCUGGCCUGGACUGAUUUAGGUCUGAAAUAAUAAGUAUGAAAACCAGUAUUGUAGUUAUCAGAGGUCAGAAGAUAUAUUCCAUGGACCCUGGCCCUCGUCUUGGCAGUUGCAGAUCAGUUAGUUUCCAUAUCUCAAAUAUUUUAGCCUGAGGAUGGCCUUCACAGUAUAAUCGCUGUUUGAGUCGUCUGGUGAUGUAUUUAUACUUUAACCAGUUUGGGUCAGGGUUCCUGAGUCUUUGAAGGACUAAGAAUUAAGCCCAAUGCACAAGGCAGCUAAUGGCUGAGAGCCUAAGACAAAACGGGUUCAGUUGGGAAUGAAAAUUUAGUUUCCUGUAAAAACUUAAAACAUGAUUUUUGACUUGUAUAAUAAUAAAUAUUUCAGGAUGGUAUUUGUAAUCAGAGAUAUCUAUAAUGCAACAAUUGUGAAACUUUAAUCGAUAUAUGCACCCCCUCACCCCCCUCCCCCC